AUGCGGCGGAAGACGCGCUUUGUCUGCGUAUCUGACACACACGGUUAUACACCCUCAGAAGCAGGAUUCAAGCUACCGGCCGGGGAUGUCCUGAUUCAUGCUGGAGAUCUUACAAACCAAGGGAGCCUGUCGGAGUUGCGCAAAACGAUUGACUGGAUCUCCAAGGCUGAUUUCGAAAUGAAAAUCAUUGUCUGUGGCAACCACGAUAUCACACUGGAAGCAAGCUUCUACGCUGAGUAUGGAUCCGACUUCCACAACCAGCGUCUAGAAGACCCCCAGCGAUGCUUGGAAGUCCUGACUGAAGGAGCACCCUCGAUCCUUUUCCUCCGGCAUCAGUCAGCACUUGUCCGCUUGACACGGCCCGAAGGGCCCCGGACCAUAUUUAAGGUGUUUGGCUCGCCCUAUUCCCAAUCGCCUGGGAACUGGGCGUUUGGAUACGCAUCGGCCGAUGCCCCUGCGCUUUGGAACCACAUCCCAUUGGAUGCAGAUGUUGUCGUGACGCACACGCCGCCUCGUUCUCACUGCGACACCCGCAGCACGGGGGAGCCGGUUGGGUGCCCGGCCCUGCUUCAGGCAUUAAGCCAGGUCAGACCUCUGCUCGCUGUCUGUGGCCAUGUACAUGAGUCGCGGGGAUACGAGAGAGUGGUAUGGCCUUCGAGGCCGUCAUCAGGCACAACUGGGGAACUACCUGACGCCCAGGUUGUGCGAGGCAACUUGCCUCCUUCGGGGAGCAAGAAACAAAGCCUCGUUGAUUUGACAGGCAAGAAGGCUGAGCGUCUAGAUAAUGAUGGCUUUUGUAUUAGUGGCCCCAGCUCUUUGUCCACAACCUUCGGAUCGUCGCAGAAUGCCAUGCUGCUGCCGUCGAGCCCAGCGUUAACGUGUGCAAAGCCUGAAGAUAUGGACGGACAUGAAAUGACCUGCAACGACGAAAUCCGAUCGGCGCGGAGGGAAACCUGCAUCGUCAACGCAUCCAUCAUGGCCACCAGCUGGCCACAUCGCGGGGGCAGAAAAUUCCAUGCUCCUAUCGUGGUGGAUCUGGAGCUGCCGACGUGGACGGAACCCUAA